CUUGACUCUACAGACACACAGAAGUCAGUCCUCCUCACACUCGAGUAAAACUUAACUCUAAAGGAUCGUAACUGCGUUCAGUUCAGUCUUUUUCUGGAUGAGGAAGACACAUCUGCAUCCCUACAACUGUAGUCAUGGUGUUAACUGACAGUCUAACAACGGGUCUAUUAGAGGUAAUCCUGUCACACCUGGCCUUAACCUCUGCUUUGCUUCUGGCCACUCUCGCUGCCCUCAGCUGGUACAUCAGAGAUUCCUACAAGGUCAACGGCUUCAACCAGAAGCAUGUGUUCAUCACAGGCUGUGACAGCGGCUUUGGGAAUCUGUUGGCUAGACAGCUGGAUCAAAAAGGUUUCCAAGUCAUAGCUGCAUGUCUCACAGAGGAAGGUGCGGCAGAUCUGGCAUCCAGGGCCUCCCCCAGACUGAAGACCCUCCUCCUGAACGUUACAGACAGUGAGAGCAUCAGGAGGGCAGUGGAGUUUGUGAGCAGAGAGGUCAGGGAGCGAGGUCUGUGGGGGCUGGUGAACAACGCUGGGAGGUCCAUACCCAUCGGCCCAGCAGAAUGGAUGCAGUUGGAGGAUUUCACAAAGGUUUUGGAUGUGAAUCUGGUGGGAGUCAUUGAGGUGACCCUACAGUUUCUGCCGCUCCUGAAGAAAGCCCAGGGUAGGGUGGUAAAUGUGGCCAGUAUUCUGGGCAGAUUGUCGCUCACAGGUGGAGGGUACUGCCUGUCCAAGUUUGGAGUGGAAGCCUUCUCCGACAGCCUCAGGAGGGACAUGCAACACUUUGGCAUCAAAGUGAGCAUUAUUGAACCUGGUUUCUUCAAGACGGCCGUGACCCAGCUGGAUUUUAUUGAGGCUGACCUGAGGAGGCUGUGGGCCCGCCUCCCACAAGACAUUAAAGACUCCUAUGGAGUGGCAUACUUUGACGAGUAUGUGAAAGCUCAGGACUUCUCCAUGGGCAUCCUGUGCAGCCCGGACAUCUCCAAGGUGACCAGGUGUAUGGAGCACGCCUUGACUGCUAGUUUCCCACGCACACGUUAUGGCGCAGGCUGGGAUGCCAAACUUUUCUGGAUUCCUCUGUCCUACCUCCCAUCAUUUGUGUCAGACUUUGUCAUCAGUGUGCUUCUUCCUCUACCCAAAGAUGACAGGAGCACAUGAACUGAAGGACUCCUGUGAUGUUUUCACAUGUCAGCAUGAAAUAUAUUGUGGCAAUAAAAAUAAAAACUGACAA